AUGGACCUUCAGGACAUUCAAUCGUACAUGGUCUCGUCCAUAAAUGAGAUCACAUCGACUUUUCAAAAGGUGCCUGGCUCUGCCAUGCUCAUCCGCUAUAUUCAAUCAAGUUAUCAGGAUGAUCCGGUCAGAUCUGUUAUCGAAUUGGUUCUGGUUAUCUUCUUCAUCAGAUAUUUGCUGGCACCUAGUUAUGUGACGCAUAACAAUAAUUUUGUUCAGUUGACGGAGGAGGAAAUCGACGACUUGGUAGACGAGUGGCAACCUGAGCCAUUGGUUGCAAAGAUGACUCCUUUUGAAGAGGCAGACAGUGAGAAAACGCCCAUCAUCGUAGGGCCUACAGGACCAAAAUCUAAGCUCUCGAAUGGCCGCACGGUAAUGAAUCUCGCAUCUUAUAACUUCUACAAUUUCGUUGGCAAUGAGCAAGUCAAAGAAAAGGCCAUCCAAACUCUCCGAACUUAUGGUGUAGGACCUUGCGGACCCCCUCAAUUCUACGGCACUCAAGAUGUACACAUGAAAACUGAAGCGGAUAUUGCAUCGUGUUUGGGAACUGAAGGAUGCAUUGUAUAUGCUCAUGCAUUUUCUACGAUUUCAAGUGUGAUACCAGCAUUUUGCAAAAGAGGUGAUAUUAUUGUGGCGGAUCGAGCAAGCAAUUACUCAAUCAGGAAAGGUCUGCAGAUCUCUAGAAGUACAGUCAAAUACUUCGAACAUAACAAUAUGGAAGACUUGGAAAGGGUAUUGCAGAAGGUGGUUAAGGAACAAGCCAAGAGACCGUUGACCAGAAGAUUUAUUGUCACAGAGGGAUUGUCAGAAACAGUUGGUGAUUGCGUGGACUUGCCCAAGCUGAUUGAACUCAAACGUCGUUACAAAUUUCGCCUAAUGUUGGAUGAGACAUGGUCCUUUGGAGUUCUUGGUAGAACGGGUCGCGGUCUUACGGAAGCACAGAAUGUGGAUGCAUCGCAAAUUGAUAUGUUGAUUGGAUCAUUAGCUGGACCUCUCUGUGCCGGAGGUGGAUUCUGCGCAGGCUCAAACGAUGUGGUAGAACAUCAGCGUAUCACUGCUGCUUCCUACACUUUCUCCGCGGCUUUGCCGGCUAUGUUGGCUACCACCGCUAGCGAAACGCUCAACAUGCUACAGACUAAUCCUGAGGUUUUGGUACAAUGUAGAGAGAAUAUCAAGGCAAUGAGGGCUCAGCUUGAUCCGAGAAGUGACUGGGUUCACUGCACCAGUGCCGUUGAAAACCCGGUGAUGCUCCUUGUUCUCAAGCAAGAUAUUGUCAACUCCAGACGUCUCAGUAUCGAGGAACAAGAACGUAUCAUGCAAGAAUGUGUCGAUGAGACACUCGCCAAUGGAGUAAUGAUCACUAGACUCAAAAGUAUGCCAGUCUACUCGGGUAGCAAUGGCAAAGAUGAAGAGUGGAAAUUACAACCAGCACUCAAAGUAUGCAUUACGACAGGACUCUCGAAAAAGGAGAUUGAGAAGGCUGGUGUCGUUAUUAGACAUGCUAUUACGAAAGUCUUGACCAGAAAGGCGAGUAGUAAGUUGGCCUUGCCACUGGCCUAA